AGCAGGGGCAGCCGCAGCUGGGCAGGGUUGGGAGCUGCCGGGGGAGGCAAAGGGAGAAAACGGGCGCCAUGAUCUCAGCGUCAGGGAGGACUCCGCGGGUAGGGUGUCCCCGAAGAGCUGGCGAAAAGGAAAGCAGGACCAGGCCUGGACUUCUCCUUCCCAAAUAGUGCCGGGGCUGUGCCGAGAGGAACGGGAAACGAGCGAGAGGGGAGCAACUCGUGCCUGCCUUUGUAACUGCGUCAGUACAAGAUGGCGCAGGGUGUCCCUGGAGAGGGAAGGGAGUUGCACGUCCGCCGGAGGUCAUGUGACCGCGUUGCAUUCCUCUGGGGUUUGGCUGCGGACCAAGCUGGCUUAGGCGGCGGCGGCGGCUGCCCGGGAGAGCCCGGGCUUCCCUCCCCCUCCCGCACAACGUCGUCGGUCCCGCGCUGGUUCCCUUCCCCCAUCAGCCUUGUGCACGAGGGUGUAGCUUUUGCCGAGGAAGGUUCUCGCUUCUCUCCUACUCUCCACCCACCUCCAGGGUGUAGCUGCUCCUGGGGGAAGCUUUCUAUUCCGCCCCCUCUCUGCGCAAGGCUUUACCCACCGCCAGGGAAAGUUCCCCCUGGGCGCCUGCUGGCUCCGCCCGAGCGUGGGAGCCGGGUGCGCUCACGGUAGUGCCGCCCGCUCUGCGCGAAGGCACUUCGCUCUGAGCUAAGUUCCAGGGGUUGUGGAGUGGUUCUUGCUGGAACAGUCGUUUUAAGCGAUGUCUAAAUGACCGCAUUAAAGCCGCUGAGGAAAA